AUGGGGACCGUCACCGGGGUCCCGGGCUCCGGGGUCACUGCUGGAGCCUCCUCUCCGCCUUCGGCACCCUCCAAGUCAUGUGCCGAGCUACUCGCCAAAGCUAUGAAGCAAGGUUUUGGAGUCGUAAACAAGGACUAUCGCCAGAUCAUCCGCUAUGAGCUCGGCUUUAUCGUGUGCGCGGCUUUGGGCGUCGCCUUCCUGCUGCUGCUCCCGCUGGCGGGCUGCUGCAUGUGCCGCCGCCGCCGCUGCUGCGGGAACCGCCGCGGAGAGAUGCUUCGGAGGCCACGGAAGAACGACGACUGCAAACGCAGCUGCCACGGCGCCUCGCUCCUCCUCGUCACGCUCGCCGUCGAGGCGGGCAUUGUGUGUGCCUACGUGGCCAACAACAAUGUGACCAACAACAUCCGGCAGUCGGAGACCCUGCUGUCGAGCAACUUGAAGGACGUCCGGACCCUGCUCAACACUACGCCCCGUCAAAUCGACUACAUCGUUGAAAAAUACAACAUCACGAAGGACAGGGCGGUUUCCGAUCUCGACCACGUGGGACCGUUGCUGGGCCAGAGGAUCCAGAGGCGGCUGGGCACGAAGGUUUAUCCCGCGCUACGGGCUGCCCUGCAGAUGGCCGACGGUCAGUGUCCACACGGCACCUUUGCCAACCGCGACGAGCGCGUGAUGUUGGCGACGCGCCUGGCGCUGCUGGACGUCAACACGUCGCUCUCGGUGCUGCGCGACGGUUCCGAGAAGCUGCAGAGGAACUUGACGACCGUGCGCAGCGGCCUUAACGCGACCCUCAAUGACCCCGUGUGCCAGAGGGCUCAGCGGUGCGUCGCCAUGUCGGGGCAGCUCGUCCUGCUGAAUAUCCACGCCGACUUCAGCUUGGGGAAGAACGGCAAACUGGUGAGCGCCAGCGUGGCUACUCACGCUGCCUCUAAUCCACAGCAAUCGCUGAGGCGGUCGAGGCCGCAGGACGUGUCCCGGGAAUUGGAGCAGGUGAAGAGACUGCUAGACACCAACUUUACAGCGAUGGUUGACAAGGGUUAUGCAGCUUUUAAUGGCACGCCUGAAAUCAUCGCACAGCAAACGAGAAACAUUGCUGCAGGCGUGAAGGAUCUACUGGACCACGUGGGCACCAGCAUCAAGACGACGGCGAGGCAGCUGCCCCUUCAGCUCGUGGUGCACAACGGCACCAAGUACCUGGACAUGGGCCAGGCGCUGGUGCACGAGCACCUGCCCACGGUCGCCCAGUACGACUUCUACAGGUGGCUCGUGUGCGUCGUCCUCUGCUCGCUCGCGGGCCUCGUGGUGCUGCUCAACCUGCUGGGCCUGCUGUGCGGCACGUGCGGCUACGGCGAGCACGCCGGCGGAAACUUCCUGAUGGCUGGCGUGGGCUUCAGCUUGACCUUCUCGUGGCUGCUGAUGCUGGUGGUGACGCUCACGUUCGUCCUGGGCGGGAACGUGGAAAAGCUUUUCUGCCAGCCCUUGGCCGACAAUAACCUCUUCAAGUUCUUCGAUACACCAAAUCUGUUCAAGCCGAAGCAUCUCUUGCCAGGAGUUCUCUUCAACAAUCCAGACCUGAACAUUACCAUUGAGGGCGUAUACAGUGAUUGCAAAAGUAACACAGGGAUCCAUUCUGCUUUUCAACUCUCAAAUCUAUUCAACUUGGACAGCCUCCUAAACAUCACUCGGUAUACGGAUGACAUCGCAAGCAAAUUUGACCCCAUCAAUGUGAACCUGUUGGACAUGAAGCUGCUGGAACCCAGUGUCAAGCAGAGCCUGCUGAACUUCGCAACGACUGGAAUCGGCAGAAUCGACUUCAGCGCAUUCAGCGCAGAGGGAGGCUAUCUGACCCGACCCAGCCAAGGUGCGGGUCUGGACUCUGGCUUCCUCGGAACUCGCACUUACACGGACGUAGAGCCGGGAGUCCCAGAGUCCCACCACUGGCCCUCACAGCGUCCCGGCCCUUACAAGGACAAGCGGGACGAGGGUGUCCAGGGUCCUAAGCUGGCUGGCUGGCGGGUCUUGGGUCUUGAGCUACAACUGGCCCUGAUCGGCCAGGGAGCUCCCCUUUUAUGCCUCGUCCCCAACGAGGGGUGGGGUUGUGUGCGCCCCCAGCGCAUGGCAACCCACUGCUGCCAGCUGAUUGGUUGCCGUAGGGAAACAAAAGCCCCCUGA